CGGCAGCUCCCUCCCACCCGGUUGCCACGCCCACACUUCGCCAACACACAACGUACCUGCGUACGUACGCUUUCCAUUUCCUUUCUUGCUCCGGCCGGCCGGCCACGUAGAAUAGAUACCCGGCCAGGUAGGUACCUCGUUGGCUCAGACGACCGGCGGCUGGGUCUCCGGACAAGGAAAGAGGUUGCGCUCGGGGACCGAUGGCGGACGACGACGAGUACCCCCCAGCGAGGACGCUGCCGGAGACGCCGUCCUGGGCGGUGGCCCUCGUCUUCGCCGUCAUGAUCAUCGUGUCCGUCCUCCUGGAGCACGCGCUCCAUAAGCUCGGCCAUUGGUUCCACAAGCGGCACAAGAACGCGCUGGCGGAGGCGCUGGAGAAGAUCAAGGCGGAGCUCAUGCUGGUGGGCUUCAUCUCGCUGCUGCUCGCCGUGACGCAGGACCCCAUCUCCGGGAUAUGCAUCUCCGAGAAGGCCGCCAGCAUCAUGCGGCCCUGCAAGCUGCCCCCUGGCUCCGUCAAGAGCAAGUACAAAGACUACUACUGCGCCAAACAGGGCAAGGUGUCGCUCAUGUCCACGGGCAGCUUGCACCAGCUGCACAUAUUCAUCUUCGUGCUCGCCGUCUUCCAUGUCACCUACAGCGUCAUCAUCAUGGCUCUAAGCCGUCUCAAAAUGAGAACCUGGAAGAAAUGGGAGACAGAGACCGCCUCCCUGGAAUACCAGUUCGCAAAUGAUCCUGCGCGGUUCCGCUUCACGCACCAGACGUCGUUCGUGAAGCGGCACCUGGGCCUCUCCAGCACCCCCGGCGUCAGAUGGGUGGUGGCCUUCUUCAGGCAGUUCUUCAGGUCGGUCACCAAGGUGGACUACCUCACCUUGAGGGCAGGCUUCAUCAACGCGCAUUUGUCGCAUAACAGCAAGUUCGACUUCCACAAGUACAUCAAGAGGUCCAUGGAGGACGACUUCAAAGUCGUCGUUGGCAUCAGCCUCCCGCUGUGGUGUGUGGCGAUCCUCACCCUCUUCCUUGACAUUGACGGUAUGGACCUUGCUAAAACACUUGUAAUUUGUCUCGUAACCACCGUUCAUUUUCUAACCUUUCUUUUCCCCUUCUUUCUGCUGGCAGGGAUCGGCACGCUCACCUGGAUUUCUUUCAUCCCUCUCGUCAUCCUCUUGUGUGUUGGAACCAAGCUGGAGAUGAUCAUCAUGGAGAUGGCCCUGGAGAUCCAGGACCGGGCGAGCGUCAUCAAGGGGGCGCCCGUGGUUGAGCCCAGCAACAAGUUCUUCUGGUUCCACCGCCCCGACUGGGUCCUCUUCUUCAUACACCUGACGCUAUUCCAGAACGCGUUUCAGAUGGCACAUUUCGUGUGGACAGUGGCCACGCCCGGCUUGAAGAAAUGCUUCCAUAUGCACAUCGGGCUGAGCAUCAUGAAGGUCGUGCUGGGGCUGGCUCUUCAGUUCCUCUGCAGCUAUAUCACCUUCCCGCUCUACGCACUCGUCACACAGAUGGGAUCAAACAUGAAGAGGUCCAUCUUCGACGAGCAGACGGCCAAGGCGCUGACAAACUGGCGGAACACGGCCAAGGAGAAGAAGAAGGUCCGAGACACGGACAUGCUGAUGGCGCAGAUGAUCGGCGACGCGACGCCCAGCCGAGGGGCGUCGCCCAUGCCUAGCCGGGGCUCGUCGCCAGUGCACCUGCUUCACAAGGGCAUGGGACGGUCCGACGAUCCCCAGAGCACGCCAACCUCGCCAAGGGCCAUGGAGGAGGCUAGGGACAUGUACCCGGUUGUGGUGGCGCAUCCAGUGCACAGACUAAAUCCUGCUGACAGGAGAAGGUCGGUCUCGUCGUCGGCACUCGAUGUCGACAUUCCCAGUGCAGAUUUUUCCUUCAGCCAGGGAUGAGACAAGUUUCUGUAUUGAUGUUAGUCCAAUGUAUAGCCAACAUAGGAUGUCAUGAUUCGUACAAUAAGAAAUACAAAUUUUUACUGAGUCAAAAAA